AUGUCUCAAGAACAAGAGCCAAGGCCCAAGAAGGCUGCGAAGGCAGUCUGGAACGAAGCAGAGACAGAUGCCCUCAUCACAUACUUGCAUUCGCAACGAUCAAAAAUAGGAGAUGGCGGGAAUUUUAGAUCGCAGGUUUACACUGAGGCUGCGACUGCCAUUGCGCCACACAGGACUCUUGGUCCAACAAAGAUUGCGAGCCACUGUAAGAACAAAUGGCAAUCGUUAAAAAAUCUUUACCAUGUUAUCGAGAACUAUCGCCUCAAGACAUCAGGCACUCAUUGGGACCAUCAGAUUGGAGCUGGCAUUGAGGGGAAGGCUGCGAGUGAUGUGUGGGAUGCAUAUAUGGAGAAAAAGGCAAACCAGGUCAUGCGGCCUUUUCGAAACAUUGGAUGGCAUUCGCACGUACUAAUGCAAGACAUCCUGCCAAGUGGCAGUGGCGCUCGAGGCCGUGCUGCCUAUCGCCCAUCUAGGGCCACAGCACCUGCCACCACAGAUGGCUCAUCUGACCGCGAUUCUGCAGCACCCAUGGUACCCAAUAUCGGCACUGGAUCGCCUACUUCUGGAAGUUCAGACCUCGCUCCCAUUCCUCCUUCCACUCGGACAUCAAGCAUCGGCAAACGCGCACACUCAGAUAUUACCGGCAUGCAUUCACAGUCUAUCAUAGCUCCUUCCUCGACAUUCACCUCAAUAUCGCAGCGAGAGUCAAGCUCCAAGAAACCCAAGAUCUCCAGCCACAGUGUCGCACACAUCAAUUAUCAUUCAGAGGUUAACGAGAGCGGAGGGAGAGGCAUCAAGCCCACCAAUGCCGUCGCAAUGAUAGGCAUGCAAGGCGCCCUCAACCGCCUCACUGAUUCAUUGGUAAAACAGGUGGCUGUUACUGACGAGAGCCGUUCAACUGAGCAACGAGGGCAGGCCAUCCGUAUGUUGAUGGAACAGGAUGAUGACCUGUCGCUGGAAGAUAGAGUCUCACUUAUGAAUGUCUUUCUGAGGAACGCUGCAGUGACUAGCUCUUACAUCGAUGCCACAGACCCAACGUUGCGACGCGCUUUUGUUGUCUCCAUCAUCCAGCAGUAUGCCGCCACUUAG